AAUCACCCACCUUGCCCCUAUUUAAUAACCACUAGCACAAGUUAAACAACAAAGAGAAGUGCGCCUAUACUCUUCGUCGGUACUCUACUCUUUCCGACGGCUGUCAGUUUGUCAGUCACUGAGAUCCGAAUUCUCGCAUUUAGUUGUGUAAAAGAUCAGCAGAAUGGUUGCUCAAGGGUUCACUGUAGAUCUUGACAAGCCCCUUGCUUUCCAGGUUGGUCAUCUCGGAGAAGCUUACGACGAAUGGGUUCACCAACCUAUUGUAACCAAGGAAGGCCCUAGGUUUUUCCAGAGCGACUUUUGGGAGUUCUUGACACUUACAGUUUGGUGGGCAGUUCCUGUCAUUUGGUUGCCAGUUGUUGCCUGGUGUAUCUCCAUGUCAGUAAGCAUGGGCUGUUCACUCCCAGAAGUUGUCUCAAUGGCAGCCUUGGGAAUAUUUAUAUGGACUUUUAUAGAAUACUGUCUUCACCGUUUCCUUUUCCACAUGAAGACCAAGAGUUACUGGGGAAACACGGCACACUAUCUUAUUCACGGAUACCAUCACAAGCACCCAAUGGACCACCUUCGUCUCGUCUUUCCUCCUGCCUUAACAGCUAUUAUGUGUUUUCCUCUCUGGAAUCUUGCGCAACUUAUUGCAACUCCUUCAACUGCACCUGCAUUGUUUGGAGGCGGCCUGUUCGGCUAUGUGAUGUACGAUAUCACUCACUACUACCUUCACCAUGCCAACCCAAGUACACCAGUGACCAAAAACCUCAAGAAAUCCCAUUUGAACCAUCACUUCAGGAUUCAGGACAAGGGAUAUGGUGUAACUUCGUCGCUAUGGGACAUAGUGUUUGGUACACUUCCCACCAAAAAAGCUCUCAAAAGAGAGCAACAGAAGUACUAAUUAAGAUGGAUGCAAAAGGAAAAGGAUCGAUAUUUGCAAUACACAGUUUAUCUUAAAGUAUCAUCAGUCUAUGUUAAUUGAUCACGUUUCAUUUGGACCAAUGUCUUUGUAUAUCAAUAUACUUCACAUCCUAUAUAUGUAAUAGUUUUUAUGUGUUUCACAACUGAAAAGAAACUUUGUUUACAACACAA